UAUUUCCCGCUUUUAUUUAGAGCCUAAUAAAAAAACUACUAUAAUAUUUUUAAUUCGUAACUCGACAUUUCAGUAAAUCAAAAUGGGUAUUAUAGGUUUAUCAAAAUUAAUUGCAGAUAUUGCACCCCACGCAGUUAAAGAAAUGGAAAUUAAAAAUUACUUCGGUAGAAAAGUGGCAAUUGAUGCGUCUAUGAGCUUGUAUCAGUUCUUGAUAGCAGUGAGGAGCGAAGGAGCACAAUUAACAUCAGUGGAUGGUGAAACUACAUCACAUCUCAUGGGCACAUUUUAUAGAACAAUCCGUCUUGUUGAAAAUGGUAUCAAGCCAGUUUAUGUGUUUGAUGGAAAACCGCCUGAAAUGAAAUCUCAUCAACUCAAUAAGAGAGCAGAGAGACGGGAAGAGGCAGAGAAAGAACUGCAGAAGGCAACGGAAGCUGGUGACUCAGCAUCUAUUGAGAAAUUUAAUCGUCGGCUGGUGAAGGUGACAAAACAGCAUGGUGAAGAAGCAAGGCAGCUUUUGAAAUUGAUGGGUGUUCCUGUGGUAGAGGCUCCAUGUGAAGCAGAGGCUCAAUGCGCAGCUUUAGUGAAAGCUGGUAAAGUAUAUGCAGUGGCCACAGAAGACAUGGACGCAUUGACCUUCGGAUCGGAUGUGCUCUUACGACAUUUAACCUUUUCUGAAGCAAGAAAGAUGCCUGUACAAGAGUUUCAUCUGAAUCAAGUUCUUGAUGGGUUGGAACUUAAUCACACAGAGUUCAUCGAUCUCUGCAUACUUCUCGGCUGUGAUUACUGUGGCUCGAUCCGUGGUAUUGGACCCAAACGAGCAAUCGAACUCAUUAAGCAACACAGGAGUAUAGAACAAGUACUGCACAACAUAGACACAAAUAAAUAUCCACCACCAGAGAAUUGGAACUUUGAAGAUGCAAGAAGACUAUUCCUCAAUCCAGAAGUUACAGAAGGAAAGGAUAUUGAGUUGAAGUGGUCAGAUCCAGAUGAGGAUGGUCUCGUUAAGUUCCUGUGUGGAGACAAGCAGUUCAAUGAGGAUCGUGUCCGCAAUGGUGCCAAGAAGUUAAUAAAGGCUCGUACUGGCUCCACACAGGGCAGACUUGAUGGUUUCUUUAAGAUAUUGUCAACAACUCCCAACCCGAAACGCAAAGCCGAAGAGCAGAAAAAGAAUGUAAAUAAGAAAGCGAAAACCGGUAGCGGCAGGGGAAGAAAGCCAAAAUAAAAACUCAGCAAGCGUUAAAAAUUAGAUUUUUAAGAUAGGUUAUGGACACAUCUCAAUAAUGACCGUACUUAUACACUUUGUUAGCGACUGUUUAGUUAAACACUAAUUUCUUUCUUUCUGUCAUAAUUGAUAUGAAAUUUAAAAGAAAAUAGUAUUAUUUAACUAAUCACCUCUCAUGACACCAAUCACCAAUCAUGAACAAUGUUUAUAAGGAAAAUCUUGAAUUAAUAAUGAUGGGACGAUAGAAGUGAACGGAAAUGAUUAAUAUUAUUGCAUUUAUUAACUUAACUCUAUUUUCUGAAACUCUGCAGAAUGUCAAAUUAUGUAAAAUAAUAGUAUAUAAAUGUAACACUGCUUGGCUAAAGGGCUCUUCCCCGUUUAUGGAAAAGGUUUCAAGCUUAUUCCACCACGCUGCUCCAGGGCGGGUUGGUGGAUACACUUUUAGCAGAAUCUCAUCUGACCCGUGCAGGUUUGCAAAACUAUGUUUUCCUUUACCUUCGCGCACGAGGUGAAUUACAAAUACAUUUGGCUAAGAUUCACAAUUUCAACAAAAUUUGCCAAGUAAUUUCGCUUUAAUCUGAAAGGUCGAUGGUAAUCGAUGACACUAUACACAACCAAUGAUCGUUCAGACUAAAGUGUAAUUUGUAAAUCUGACUAACUAGUGUUUUAGAAAAUGGAGAUAAAUAUACAUUUUGACUUGUUUUCAUUUGCUGGUUUAAUGACUGGAUGCUUAAAAUUGUGGCCACUAAAUUUUAUAUUGUAUGUCAUUGAAUGAUAAAAUAAACGACUGGUAAUUUCUA